GGGCGAGGCGGGGCGGGCGCAGCCGGGGCUGAGACUGCAGGGCCGCUCCCCUCACCCGCCCCCUUCGAGUCCUCCUCGGGCUUCGCCCCACCCGGCCCGUAGGGGAGUAUCUGUCCUGCCGCCUCCGCCCACGCCCUGCACUCCGGGACGGUUCCUACGCGGUCUGGGCGCACCAUGGCCCGCGGGGCUGCGCUGGCGCUGCUGCUCUUCGGCCUGCUGGGUGCUCUGGUCGCCGCCCCGGAUAAUGGUUUCGAUUUAUCUGAUGCCCUUCCUGGCAAUGAAGACAAGAAACCCACUGCAAUCCCCAAGAAACCGAGUGCUGGGGAUGACUUUGACUUAGGAGAUGCUGUUGUUGAUGGAGGAAAUGACGACCCACCACCACCGAACCCACCCAAACCGAAGCCGAAUCCAAACCCCAACCACCCUAGUUCGUCUGAUAGCUUUUCAGAUGCUGACCUUGCGGAUGGUGUUUCAGGUGGAGAAGGAAAAGGAGGCAGUGAUGGUGGAGGAAGCCACAGGAAAGAAGGGGAAGAGGCCGACGCCCCAGGUGUGAUCCCCGGGAUUGUGGGGGCUGUCGUCGUCGCCGUGGCUGGAGCCAUCUCUAGCUUCAUUGCUUACCAGAAAAAGAAGCUGUGCUUCAAAGAAAAUGAUGGCUGAAGACCUAGGGGUGAGCAGAGAACCCAGCCCAGGCCUGCGGAGCGUCCUGACCGUAAUCGUUUUAUCUGCUAAGACGCAGCCUUAAAGCAAACCCUUCCAUCUACCGCUCCCCUCACCCUGCUGGCAAAUUCCCACCAUGAUGGGAUUCUCAAUCACAUGGCAGAUUCUCUGCCUUCAGUUCCAUAUGCUUUUGCCUUUCUUGAUGCACAGAAGCUCAUUAUAGCAAAUCAUAUUUCUGCAUAAGAGCUUCAGAAAAUGAAGAGAAAUGCAGAUAUUUUCUUUUAAAUGGAAAUCUAACAGAAACGGGGCAGUGACUUCCAUGUUUUAAUGAGUUUUGUCCCUAAGUCCAUCCCUGCCAAGGGAACAAACGGGCCCGGGGUGGCCACCCUCUUCCCUGCAGUGUCCUAGGUUAAGCUCACUCACGUCCUAAGGAUUUGACCUUCCAGGUCAUGCAUGGGUUUUUAAAUCUUCAACCUUUUCAGCCCUUGGCUUGCAUUUCUCACUGCACUUCCUAUGAAGUGGUUCUUAACUCUUUCUGUGAUCAGUGUUCCAAACAGGUGCACAUCUUAGUUCCUAGAAAAACAAAAUUCAUAUGUUGAGGAAUCACCUAAACAUCUCCUGAUCUUCACACUCUAAGGCCUGUUGGGAAUUGGUGGGUGGUCAGGUGCCUAUUCACACAUUUGAGCACAGAGCCUCUGCGGGUGCCUUCCUUGGAUUCUCUCAUGUCCCUGAAACACACAAAUUGUACCUGGAUUUUCCUUCCAUUUCCAAAGUCCACCAACUUGUUCUUCAGUGUAAUUGAUUUUAACUUUUUUUCUUUCUUUUACUUUUCUUAUUUCUUUUUUUCUUUCUUUUCAUUUUUUCUUACUUCUUUUCCUUCUAUUUAUUUUACUUUUCUUAUUUGUUAUAUGUUAUUUCUUUUUCUUUUCUUACUUUUCUUCUUUUUUCAUUUUUCUUUUUUCUUUUUUUGAAUUGGAGUCUCACUCUGUUGCCCAGGCUGGAAUGCAAUGGUGCAAUCUUGGCUCACUGCAGCCUCCACCUCCUGGGUUCAAGCGAUUCUCCUGCCUCAGCCUCCCGAGUAGCUGGGACUACAGGCGCACACCACCACACCCAGCUAAUUUUUGUAUUUUUAGUGGAGACGGGGUUUCUCCAUGUUGGCCAGGCUGGUCUUGAACUUCUGACCUCAGGUGAUCUGCCUGCCUCAGCCUUCCAAAGUGCUGGGAUUACAGGUGUGAGCCACUGUGCCUGGCCCUUUUUCUUUUUUCUUAUUUUUUUUUCUCAUUUCUUUUUUCUUAUUUGUUUUCCUCUUUUUUUUUUUGAGACGGAGUUUCACUCUUGUUGCCCAGGCUGGAGUGCAAUGGCACGAUCUUGGCUCACCGCAACCUCCGCCUCCCAGGUUCAAGCAAUUCUCCUGCCUCAGCCUCCCUAGUAGCUGGGAUUAUAGGCAUGUGCCACCACGCCUGGCUAAUUUUGUAUUUUUAGUAGAGACAAUGUUUCUCCAUGUUGGUCAGGCUGGUCUCGAACUCCUGACCUCAGGUGAUCCGCCCGCCUCGGCCUUCCAAAGUGCUGGGAUUACAGGCGUGAGCCACCGCACCCGGCCUGCUUUUUCUUUUUAUCUUAUUUCUUUUACUUAUUUUUCUGUUUUUACUUUUAUUUCUUCUCUGUUUUUCUUCAUUCUUUUCCUCUUAUUUCUUUGACUUUUCUGAUUUUUUUUCUUAUUUUCCUUUUUUUCAUAUUCCUUUUAAUUUUUUCUUACUUCUUUUACUUUUCUUAUUUGCCCUCUUGUGGAAAUGAGGCACAGCCUCCCUUAUGAUUGAGCCGUAGUUCUAGCUGAGCACGGAUGGUUUGAUCCUCCUCUGUUGGGGCACUGUAUGGUGUGAGGGCACAAAACCUUGACCCACAUGGGUCUGGUCACCUUCUCACAGAGGUCACCUUUACAGCCCCCUACUCUUUGAAGGAUGUGUCCCAAGGUGUCUCAAGUCUGAUGCAAUGAAAGCUGCCCCCCAGUGACCACAGGACUGAGUCCAGAAUGUCCUGCAUGUUUCCCAGAGUGUCUGUCCUAACACUGCUUAAAGAUUAGCCACUGCUAGACAGUAAUCCUCAGAUGUAUGGUCUCAGGAUUGGCCCCAAGUGCAUGGUGUGUGUGUGUAUAAAUAUAUCUUCACAAAGCAUAGGGACCCAUUUCCCAUAGGAAACCAUUGCUUUGCUUAAUGGUUCUAAUAGCUACAGAUGAUUUCUAGCCUGAAAGAAAAGCACCACGAAUUGUUUGAAGUUGACUUGUCAGAUGUGGUGUGCUUGGUCUAAGUUUUGACAGGAAGGGUACAUGGGUGGGGGUGUACAGAGCAUCUCAUGAGACCAGUUCUCCUCCUGAGAGGUCCGUGAUGUUGGAACUGUUGCCCCAGAUGGACUUUGCCCUUGUGAGACUUUAUACUUUUCAAUGGACUUUUCCCCUCUUUAAAACUUGCCAGCUUUUAUGUAGUGUUUUAUAAAAUUACAGCAAUAAAAAGAAUAUCUUUUAUGCUUUU